AUGGGCAGCAACUAUGUGGUUCAGUACAAGAGCCUAGUGGAGGAAUACGACGAGUCUGUACCUUUGAAAGAGACCGUAAUGGCGGACGAGGUCCGCCCUAUGCCGCCGGAAGUUACUGAGGCUCCUGAGUUUCAUAUUGGUAACAGGGUUGAUGCGUACGACCUCGACGGGUGGUGGGUUGGUACCAUUUCUUCUGAGAACAAUGUGUAUGGUUUUCACGCUGUGUUUUUCGAAACAACCGGGGAGAAGAUUUCUUACCCACUCUGGAAUCUGAGAGUUCAUCAAGACUGGCGCGGUGGAAAGUGGGUCGUGUCUUCCAACAACAAGAAGAAGAAGAGACUUGCUUUGCUCUUUUAG